AUGAGUGGCUAUCCUUAUGGAAAUUCAAAUAGUGGUGGUUAUCCACCAUCGUAUGGUAUGGGUAAUAAUGGUUAUCCAAAUCAUCUAUCAAAUAGUGGUUACCAAUCUAUGCCACCGCCACCAGUACCCGUGUAUGGCAACGAUCAAUCAUGUGCAUCUCUUUAUGGAACAGGUAAUCCUUCUAUGCCUAAUAACAAUUAUUCAGCACAACCUUAUGGUGCAAAUCAAAUGCCAGGUAGUUCAUAUGGUUAUGGGGGUAGUAAUGAUUAUCAGACACCUUCACAAUACGGAGGACAAAUGCCUACACCUGCUUUUAAUCAACCACCUCAACAAUAUGGAGGAUAUGGAAAUUCCCAAUAUCAAGCACCCUAUCCUCCGGAGACACCGUCUUCAUCAUUUGGUGGAAUAUAUCCAAAUAUUUCAGCACCUAUAAAUCCUCCAAAUUAUGGCAAUGGAUCAAUGGCUCCGUCAUAUCAACCUCAAUAUCAACAACAACAACAACAACCAGUUUAUCCUCAAGAGCAACCAUCAACAAUACUUGCCAAUUUAGAACAGCGUCAAGGAACAGUUAUUCCAGCAGCAAAUUUCAAUGCGGAAGCUGAUUGUCAAGCAUUAAGUCAAGCAAUGAGAGGAGCAGGUACCAAUGAACGUGCUCUAAUCGACAUUAUUGCUAACCGAUCAAAUGCACAACGUCAACAAAUUAAACUUCAAUAUAAAUCAAUGUAUGGCGUGGAUUUAAUUAAACAACUUGGUGGUGAAUUAAGUGGACAUUUCAAAGAAACAAUAAAUGCUUUAUUUGAUGCACCAGCUUAUUUUGAUGCAUGGUCAAUACAUCAAGCUCUAAAUGUCAGUAAAGAAGGAACACUACGUGAAGUUUUGCUUACGAGAACAAAUAGUGAAAUUCGAGAAAUUAUUGAAGCAUAUAAACGAACAUAUAAUAAGGAUCUUGAAAAAGAAAUUAGUAGUCGUGUACGUGGAACUGAUUUUAAACGAAUGCUCAUAUCUGCUAUUCAGGCUAAUCGAGAAGAAUUAAGUCCACAACAAAUUCAACAAGCUCGUCAAUCGGGUAUUGAAAGUGUUAUUGAUCGUAAUCGUGCACGUCAAGAUGCGGAUGAUUUAUAUAAAGCUGGUGCUGGUAAAUGGGGUACAGAUGAGAAAACAUUUAAUGCUAUUUUUUCUCGACGUAAUUAUUAUCAACUUCGUGCUGUUUUUGAAGAAUACAAAAACAAACAUCGACAAGAUAUAACACAAGUAAUUCGAUCUGAAUUCUCUGGUGAUGCGAAAGAUGCUUAUCUUGUUCUUAUAACAUGUAUUCGAGAUGCACCCACGUUUUUUGCUGAACGUAUCCAUAAAUCUAUUGAAGGUUUGGGAACUCGAGAUUCAACACUUAUUCGUGUGAUCGUUACACGAUCUGAAAUUGAUCUCGCACAAAUUAAACAACGAUAUCAACAACUGUAUAAGCGUUCAUUAGCUCAAGAUGUUAGUGGAGAUACAUCAGGCGAUUACAAACGACUUCUUUUAUCUAUUGUAAAAUAA